AUGGUGACUCCUUUAGUUAGAGAAUGGUGUGUGAUGGUGCCGUUGAUCUUCCACCACCUGGCUAUUGGCUUCGUGCUGUCCUAUCCUGCAAUCCUGACUCCAGCAAUCACUCGUAACAACAGUGGUGAUGGUGGAGUUCAAGCCAGUAAAGAUGAAGCGUCUUGGAUUGCUGCUGCAUACAGUACCACAGGUGGAAUAGGUUUCCUCAUCCUCCCACCACUGAUGCAGAUCUACGGCAGACGAUUCAUCAACGUUAUCAUGAACCUCAUCAUAUUUUCCGGAUGGAUCAUCAUUGCUCUGUCUCCAAACUUUCCUCUCAUCAUCACCGGCAGAACGAUUCAGGGCCUUUCAUUCGGAGGCCUAUACAUCUGCAGUAUAUUAGCUGGUGAAUAUAGCCAUCCCAAACGAAGAGGAUUCUUCAUAAUCGUCAAGAUUACUGCUACAAGCGUUGGAGAACUGAUCUGCCAUGGAUAUGGCUUUACAGUAUCCUGGAGACUGAUGGCUUGGUUAGCAUCGAUCCCACCAGCUGUAGCCGCGGUAGGCACUAUAGUUUGGCCAGAAAGCCCUUCGUGGUUAGCUUAUAAGGGGCGUUUUGACGAAUGUGUGACGUCAUUCGAGUUGAUAAGAGGAAAAGGGACAGAAUCGAAAAGAGAAGUGCAGGAGUUGAUAUCAGCGCAACAAGAAUUGAGGAAUAUAAAGAAAUCUACAACAUCGGGAGUAAUGCUAAGGAAUCUACAAGCGAUGAGGACCAAAGAGUUUCUGAAACCAUUCACAGAGACCAAUCUGAAGCAUAUUACUACACAAUAG